CCGGAUAUCGAUGCUCCAUGACGUCAUUCAAACCUAGUCUUCUCUCUUCCAAACAAACUAUUUUCGAAUGAAAUUGGUUUUUUUGAGAUCGAUCUUUUUAUGAUCGUUCUUUAAAGUUCUCACAAUGUGCCGAUCCAUAAAAAGGAUCGUACUUCUCAUUAUCCUUGGUCUUCUGUAUUUAUCAAAGCCUUCAAAUUCAGAUAAAGAGCCUAAUACUUUGAGCGUUCCUGAAUCAUUUCUUUUUGUAUCAACCUUGGAUGGGACGAUGCAUGCUGUUCGAAAAACCACUGGAGAAAUUCGUUGGUCUAUAAAAGAAGAUCCUGUAUUGAAGACACCAAUGUUUUUGAGACCUGGGGCAAUAUUUAUUCCAGACCCCAAAGAUGGGAGUUUGUAUGCGUUUGGUAGUGCACUGGAUGGUCUGAAGAAACUUCCAUUUACAAUACCAGAUCUUGUGCGUGCUUCUCCUUGCCGCAGUACAGAUGGCUUACUUUACACAGGUCGCAAGAUUGAUGUGUGGUAUGCCAUUGAUCCCGAUACUGGGAUUAAGCAACAAACACUGAGACUAGAUGGCACAGAGACAGUUUGUCCUAUAAUGCCAAACAAAGCAGCACCAAUAUUUUUUGGAAGAACAGAGUACACAGUCACUAUGUAUGACAGCAAAACAAGAGAGAAAAGGUGGAACGGGACAUUUCAUGAUUACUCCACAAAUUUAGCCCAAGAUGUUGAGUAUGAAUUUCAUCACAUGUGCUCAUGUUCUGAUGGUUUUACCGUCACAAUGGCUGGAAACACAGGUGAAAUCCAAUGGACCAAAAAUUUUGGGUCUCCAGUGGUGGGGAUGUACAAGUUUGAUGGUGAUGGGCUGCACAGGGUUAAAGUGAACCAUAUCGCCAGGGAAACACUGGAUGUUUUAAUCGCUAAUAAUGCAUCAUCAGAGAAAAUGGUCUUACAGCCGACACUCUACAUUGGUGAGCAUUCUGGUGGAUUUUAUGCUCUUCCUUCCUUGGUAGAGGAGGGGUCUACUCUUGUAGAGCCCAAAGUGAUGCUUCUAGAAGGUCCAAGAAGUGACAUCCCAGUACCCAAGCACAAAAAACGUUCUCCACCAUCAACAACAUCAAAAGAUUCAAAAGAGGAGUUACCCAUACCAAGACGUCCUCUCCAGCAACCCAAAGUCCUUGAGCCAAAAGCCGCUCUGUUACUUGGUCACCAUCAUGUACCCCAAGUAGCAUCACCGCAACUUCACAUCACUCACAUUCCUGACAAGCUAAUGCCGUUCUAUAUGAACACUCAUGAGCAUCCAACAGCCAUGAACAAGAGGAUUGAUAAUAUGAAGGCUAAAGACGAGGAGAGGAAAAGGCAACAAGAGAUGUUUGAAAUGAUGAAGAUACAUCAAAGGUUGCUUUAUACGAUUAUUGCAACUAUUGGGAUCCCUGUGGUACUGAUGAUUGUCUACUACAUUGAGCGGUCAACCAGGCAAGUUGCAGCCAUGUCAUCACAGCCAUCUCAUGGAUCUAACCACUCUUCUACCAUGUCAAAUGGAAGCGUCUCUCAUCUGGAACAAUUAAACCUUAAUCAUAACAGUACUAUAUGCAUUGGCAAGAUCUCGUUUUGUCUUAAAAAUGUCCUUGGUCGUGGCUGUGAAGGGACUGUAGUUUACAGAGGAACAUUCGAUGGUCGAGACGUUGCUGUUAAAAGAAUCCUUCCUGAAUGUUUUAGCUUUGCAGACAGAGAGGUUGCACUGUUGAGAGAAUCAGAUGCUCAUCCCAAUGUGAUUCGAUACUUCUGCAUGGAACAAGAUCAUCAGUUUCGAUACAUUGCUCUCGAACUGUGUGAAGCUACUUUACAGGAGUUCGUGGAAGAUCCCAGAUUUGAUCGCCAUGGUUUAUCACACCUUGAAGUCUUGAAACAAGCUAUGGCAGGCUUAGAUCAUCUUCAUGCACUCAACAUUGUUCAUCGUGACAUCAAACCCCAUAAUGUACUGAUUUCCAAAGCCAAUGCCAGUGGUAAAGUCAAUGCCAUGAUAUCAGACUUUGGACUGUGUAAGAAGCUCUCUUAUGGACGCAACUCCAUAACCUGUCAAUCUGGUGCUAUUGGAACAGACGGUUGGAUUGCUCCAGAAAUGUUUAAAGAGGACAAUAGAAUGAAUCGCUCGGUGGAUAUCUUUUCAAGUGGGUGUGUGUUUUAUUAUGUUUUGUCUGGAGGGCUGCAUCCAUUUGGUGAUCAGUACAGAAGACAAGCUAACAUCCUUGCUGGGGAUUAUAAUCUAGAUAGAAUUACCAACACAGAAAGUCCUUUUGUAGCGAAAGAACUCAUCAGAAACAUGCUAAGUCCAGACCCUAGUCAAAGACCCACAACUGAAUCCAUUCUCAAACAUCCAGUAUUCUGGAGUAAAGAGAGACAGCUAGCAUUUUUCCAGGAUGUUAGUGAUAGAAUAGAAAAAGAGCCUGAUGACUCACCAUUACUAAAUGCAUUACAAAAGGAUUCUAUCCCAGUGGUGCGAGGGGACUGGAAAGUACACAUAGGCUCUGAGCUACAAGAAGAUCUUCGCAAGUUUAGAACAUACAAAGGAGCUCAUCUUCGAGAUUUACUGAGAGCAAUGAGAAAUAAGAAACAUCAUUAUAGAGAAUUACCAGAACACGUUAGAACAGCUCUGGGCUCAAUUCCUGAUGGCUAUGUGCAGUAUUUUACUAGUAGAUUUCCCCGAUUGCUUAUACACACUUAUGAUACAUUAAGCAUAUGCAAACAAGAGACUGUAUUUCAAACAUAUUAUCCUCAGCAUAAUGCUUGAGGUCUCGUGUUGUAUUGUGGAUCUUAAUGAUCCUUGAUGAGAAAUCUCUGGGGAGCUCUUGUUAUUUGCCAUGACAAUGUGCAUUGACAGUGCAACAAUGUUACCAUGACUACCAGUGCAAGCGAAUCAUUGGUGAAGAGGGAUAUCUGGAAUUCUUAUUGUCACCUUCGUCACUGUGAUGUCCAAAUUCCACAGUCAAACCCUGAAUCCCAGUUACCGAAAUCACCACAGUAGCAAAAAGUUGUUUCUGUGGUGAUCAUUGCUUUGAUGAUCUCUGGCCUUAUUGCUUGUGAUGGCUCAAAACUCUUGCCAUCGAUGAUAAAGCAGGGUUGCCAAGCAACAUAUAACUCAAGAUACUGUCAAAAAAUGAGAGCUUGUAUUACUAUUAGGAUGCCAACAAGACCUUGUUACUAUGGUAAUCACAAGUUUGGUCUUCAACAAUGGGAUGCAUUCUUGAAUCAGUAUGAGGGCAGUGAAGUAGUCAAUAAUAUAGUCUAUCUAUUCAUAUUCCUUCAACUUUGUGUGUACCACACACUUUUCAACCAAUCAGACACAAGCAUUUUAUCACACCAACAAAUACUCAUUUUGAACAACAUAUUGAACACCUUUUCAGACCCAAACUGAAUUUUAUUCGAUCCUUUUGAGGUCACUACAUCAGCUGGAUGUAAAACAUUUUUAUACAGUCAUAAAUAUUAUAUUUAAUGCAUUUUUAACAUACACCUUACGUAGCUUUAAUAUUUAUACUAUCAAUGACUGGUUAGAAGGCAUGUAUCAAUCCUCAUUGAUUCAACUGACGUCUGUCCGGACCAUUAAAAGUAUCAACUACAGGCAGAACUUCUAAAGCUAUUGACUCUAGAGUUUUGUACUAAUUAAUAGUUUGAUCAGACAAUAUUAGCGAACCAAGUAUUGUUGCAGCAGUUUUCCCAAUGGAAUUUAUAUCUUUUCCCAAACUACGCAGUAAGUUACAAUAUAAUUUUCUUUAAAUUUCAUUUUACAUCACAGUAGAGUUCUGAAAUAUUAGAGCUAAUUUUUUUGAGCUCAUGAGACAAUGCAAUGGUAACUAAGAGGAGUCAAAACCAUUAAUUCACUAUAUUGAUUGGAUGGUGUGUAUUUUUGUGCCUUUUGAUUGGCUCUUCGGGGAAGCCUUUCAAAUGUCCACCUACCAUGUCUUCCCCUCUUGUUUGUAAUUAGCUCUAGUCAAAACUGGUCUUAAUUUUUAAGUAAUAUUUGCCCAAAUCAAUCACAGUAAUAAUAAAUAUUAAAUUGUAAAUAUGAGUCGCAUUUAUAGAAUUUCCAAAAAUAUAUUUCGCAAGUAUUAAAAGAAAUUCUCUUCUCUG